AUGGCCGAACAAACCAGGAGCGAUGGCUUGAUUUUCUAUGUCAACGGGGAAAAGGUAAUUUAUGCAGAUGCACAGGGUACCGGCCACAUUGUUGAUGGCUACAGAACCUUCUGUGAGAGAUUGGCAGAGGUCAAGGACCAAACCACUCAGAGGUUUUGUGGGGAGAGAAUGACCUGGAUCAGCCCUGGAUCUCUAAAUGAGCUGCUCCAGCUGAAGGCUGAUUACCCACAAGCCCCUCUUGUCAGGGCAACACCAAAACAUAGGCCUAGAUAUGAAGUCAAGGGUAUCUUCCAUCCUGUAAUAAUAUCGCCAACACAAGUGUCAGAACUGUUCAAGGUUACUCAAAAACCAGAGGGUGUGUGUGUUGGAGCAGGAUGCAGUAUGUCGUUUCUGAAGAGUGUGUUGGAGAGAAGUAUAAAUGAUUUCCCACCAGAGAGCACGCACAUGUUUCGGGCUUUGCUGCAGAAGAUAAAAGCUUGUGGGCGGGACAACCGAUCCGAAAACGUGGCCUGGCUAUGGACGAAGGAGGAACGAGAUCGUCACCAUGCCUUCCGACACGCCCCACGUAGGGAGAGCGCACUAGCUACGGUGAAUGCUGGGAUGCGCGUUUGGUUCAACGAGAACUCAAAUGUAGUGAAGGAGAUCAGUAUUUAUUACGGAGGAGUGGGAGCCACCAUCCUCAGCGCUGACCGCGCAUGUCAACAGAUUGUAGGAAGGCCUUGGGAGGAGGGCAACAUUAAAGUGAUGUGUACAGCACGCUGGUUGAUGAGAUCAAACUUGGGCCGAUGUCACUCAGGUGGAUAUACCCCAAAAGAUGCAGAGUGCAAUUCAACCUCUCUUAAAAAAUAUACCAGCCCUGGCUACCAAGAGUUUCAGAAUGUCUUGGAGGGUCAGUCGGCUCAAGAUCCGGUGGGCCGACCCAUGAUGCACCGGACAGCUCUGAGUCAAGCCACAGGAGAGGCCGUAUACUGUGAUGACCUACCGCAAACUGACGGUGAACUUUUCCUCGUGAUCGUGACAAGCUCCAGGCCACACGCCAAGAUCACUCAUAUUGACUUCAGUGAAGCUCUAAAGCUGCCCGGUGUGGUGGACGUGAUCACUGCUAAAGACAUACCAGGCAAAAGGAUCAGAACCUUCACAGGAUAUGAUGAAGAACUGCUGGCUGAAGAUGAGGUGACUUGUGUUGGUCAGAUGGUUUGCGCUGUGGUUGCAGAAUCUAAAGCACACGCUAAACGUGGGGCAGCAGUGGUGAAGAUCAGCUAUGAAGAUCUGCAGGAUCGCAUUUUCACUGUGGAGGAGGCCAUCGAAAAAGAGUCUUUCUUCCUACCUAGGAGACAGAUUGAGCGAGGAGAUGUGGAAAAGGGUUUGAGAGAGGCUGAACAAGUGUAUGAAGGAGAGAUUCGGAUUGGAGGACAGGAACAUUUCUACUUGGAAACACAGAGUUUUCUGGUCAUUCAAAUUGGGGAAGAGAAGGAGAUGAAAGUUUAUUUGUCCACUCAGCACCCAGCAUUUACACAAGAGGCAGUAGCUGAGACGCUGGGAAUCCCGUCCAAUCGUGUUUCUUGUCACGUUAAGCGACUGGGCGGAGCCUUUGGAGGCAAGGUCACCAAAACUGCCAUUUUGGCUUCCAUCACUGCUGUUGCUGCUUCGAAGACUGGAAGGCCUGUGCGAUGUGUUUUGGAGAGAGGAGAGGACAUGUUAAUUACCGGAGGACGCCACCCGGUGUGGGGAAUAUAUAAGGUAGGCUUUAUGAAGGACGGGAGGAUAACAGCAGCUGAUUUCCAGUACUAUGCCAAUGCUGGAAACGUAGUAGAUGAAUCCGUACUGGUGGCAGAGAAGAUCCUCCUGCAUCUUGAUAACGCCUAUAACAUUCCUAACCUGCGUGGCCGAUCGGCGGCCUGCAAGACCAACCUGCCCUCCAACACUGCAUUCCGAGGGUUCGGUGUGCCCCAGUGCAUGCUGGUCGUUGAGAGUAUGAUCGAUGAUGUUGCACUCAAACUCGGCCGUCUGCCUGAAGAGAUCAGGGAGAUCAACAUGUACAAGGAAGUGUCCCUCACUCACUACAAGAUGGAGUUUGACCCAGAGAAUCUUGUCCGCUGUUGGAACGAGUGUAUGAAAAAAGCUGACUUCAGGCAGCGCCGGCAGGGCAUUGAUCUUUUUAAUCAGCAGAACCAGUUCAAAAAGAGAGGAAUCGCCAUUGUGCCCAUCAAAUAUGGCAUUGGGUUUGCUGAGGCCUUCCUCAACCAGGCUGCCGCUCUCGUGCAUAUUUAUAAGGAUGGGUCUGUGCUAGUGAGCCAUGGUGGGACGGAAAUGGGCCAAGGCAUACACACUAAAGUCUCACAGGUGGCAAGUCGAGAGCUGAAUAUUCCUACUUCUUUGAUCCACAUCUCUGAGACCAGCACACAAUGCGUCCCGAAUACCUGCCCAUCUGCUGCGUCCUUUGGUACCGACGCUAAUGGAAUGGCUGUGAAGGAUGCCUGUCAGAUACUAUACAACAGACUAGAACCAAUCAGAAAGAAGAAUCCUAAGGGAACAUGGCAGAACUGGAUAAUAACAGCAUUUUUGCAGAAGAUCAGUCUGUCAGCCACAGGAUACUACAGAGGCCACGAUCUAGACAUGGACUGGGAGAAGCAGGAAGGCAAGCCGUACGCUUACUUCACGUAUGCAGUGGGCUGCAGUGAGGUUGAGCUGGACUGUUUGACUGGAGAGUACAGGACCCUGAGGACUGAUAUUGUUGUUGAUAUCGGCAGAAGUAUAAAUCCAUCCAUUGACAUUGGUCAGAUUGAGGGAGCAUUCAUGCAGGGUCUGGGUCUCUACACCAUGGAGGAGCUCAAGUUUUCUCCGUCUGGUGUUCUGUACACACGUGGACCAAGCCAGUACAAGAUCCCAUCCUUCUGUGAUGUCCCUCUGAAGUUCAACGUCUACCUUUUAGCCGGCUCAUCCAACCCUCACGCCAUCUAUUCAUCAAAGGGAAUUGGAGAGCCGACUGUUUUUCUUGGCAGUUCUGUAUUCUUCGCUAUUAAAGACGCUGUGACUGCAGCUCGAAAAGAUGCAGGUUUAACAGGCCCCUUCCAGCUGAACAGCCCUGCCACCCCAGAGCGGGCAUGUCUGGCCUGUGCCACACACUUCACACAGAUGGUUGCACAAAGUGAAUCAACUUCUGGACCAGCUCAGCCGUGGGCUCUGAACAUAUGAAAACAUCAUCAUCAUCUUAUUACAUUUUAUUCUGAUUUAAAGCUAUUGAGUUGCUCUUAUUAAAUCACACAACAUUUAUGUAGACACAAGACAGUCACCUGAUUUAACAUCCAACUAUUAUCAGCUGUUUUCUGAACGAUAAGUAAUCUACAAAAAUAAAAUAAAAAUAAAAUAAAGAAGUUGCAUGCAAACAUGUCUCAAGAACAAUUUUUAGUUAUUCACGCUUAUUAAUAUAUUUUAAUUUCAUCUCACAUAAAUCAGUUCUCUUGACAUUUAGGCUUAGACUUAAACAGCUAUUAUAAUAAAUGUGAAUUAAUCUACAUCAUG